AUGUACACAGCCAUUGCCAAUCACUGGCCGGAGAUCGAGUCCAUCUUCUCCUUCGAAUCAACCUUCGACAUCCGAUCUCAAGCACUGACAUCACUCGUCAAGCUCUGUGAAUCUGUACGGACAUCGUUAAUCGAGUUCAAAUCUGCGAUUCGGAAGAAUUCUUCAAAAUCACCGGUCGACGGAGCUGGAAUUCAUGCUUUAACGACUGAUAUGAUGCACUACCUCUGUCUUCUCGGCGAUUACAACAAUAUACUGGCUGAUAUUUUAGCCGAUUUACCACUGCCUGCCAAAUAUUCUUCGCCGGAGUCGUACUUGGACACGCUGUCUGUGUGCGUUGUACCUGAUAGUAAGCUCCGAGAUGAAAUCAAAGUCUCCAUAGCCAGAAAACUUGUUGGGGUGUAUCGAGAGUUCUAUAGUGCGCAUAGGCUUGUGAUUGGAAGAGAGAGAAAUUUGGCUUUUGAGGUCAGUGAUGAAUCAAGCGAGUAG